AUGAAAAAAGAGGAAGAGUUUUUAAAAAAUGAAAUUGAGAACGAAUCAAUUGCAUUAUUUAAGAAGAAUUUAUUAAAGGAAAGUUAUAAAUGGUUUAAAGACACAGAUUAUUUUGUAAAAAUAAAAAAUGACAAUAAUUAUAAUAAUAUAGAAAAUAAAACAGAAACAAAAAAUAUAGUAACAGGACGUGUACAAUUAGGAUGGGGUGGAACAUUUUUUUUAUUAUGUUGUGUUGUAGUUAUAUGUGAUAAUUCAGGAUGGCAAUCUUGUAACCAUUAUAAUAAUAAUAUAUUUUAUUCUCCUGAAUCUUUAACAAUAGUAUAUUCUUUUCUUUAUGUAAUAUAUGCAUUUCCUUUAUUUAUUUUCCAUCAAUGUUUAGGAUUAGUAUCACAAGGUAAUUAUGUAAAGUCCUGUAGAAUGUUAUCACCCCAUAUGGGGAUACUAACUAUAUUUUCUUUAUUUGGUACUAUAACAUUUUGUGCAAAAGAAAUAUGCAAUUUUUCUGCUGAAUUUUUACAAAAUAUUAUAAGACUAUAUAAUAGAACUGAAGAAUCAAAAUAUGGAAUGACAAAAAUAUUCGUUGAUUUAACAACACCAGGAUCAAAAUGUGCAACAGCACCAAAUACUAUUUACAUGGAAUCAAUAAACUAUUGUAUAGAAUUUAAUGAUCAUGUUAUAGUAAACUUUUAUGAAAAUUUAUGGUUUAUAGGAAAUAAAGAUAAUUAUAUUUACCUAAUUUUGAUAUCUACAUUAUUUAUAUUAUUUUGUUAUUUUAUAUUAUUAAGGGAGAAUAUUCGUGUUUUUAAAUUUUUCAUUUUUGUUAUUAUAAUUAAUUGGAUUACUACAAAAUCAGUUGUUACUAUGAAUACCUUUUUUUUUUAUAUACCACAACCGAAGAAAAUAUAUGAAGAGAUAGUUGCGAUAUUUGAAGAGAUUGGUUUUCUUAAAUUGACAAUUUUUUUAUAUGGGACACUAGCAAGAAGUUCAUCUAUAUUUAUUUUAAGUACCUUUGCUUCUUAUUUCCAUACUAAUACUAAUAUAAUGACAAUAAGUGUGUAUACAUUUGGUUUUUAUAUGUUAAAUAUGUAUUUUUACUUAAAAAAUGAAGCUCAUGAAUAUUAUUUAUAUAGUACAGGGUUAGGUAGUGGGACAACCUAUAAUUUUAUGAAGUGCAAUACAUAUAUAAAUAUGUUACGAGAAUUAAAAAAUAAUAAUGUAAAUAUUUAUAAUUCUGGUCCACCUAGUUCUAUGUAUUCUGUUUGGCAAAAAUUAUGUCUAUUUUUCAGUACAUAUUCUUUUCUUUUUUCUACAGUAUUUAUUGUAUUAAUGCAAUUGUUGGGGCCCUUUAACAUUUUAACUGAAAUUUCUGAAAAUUAUAAAUAUGAUUUAUUGGACACAGGAAAAAAAAUUUACACAUAUAAAUCGUUAGUUAAAAUAUAUGAAAAAUAUGAUUUUAAAAAUAAAUCAAAUAGUAAUAGAUCUUAUACAUCCUCUUAUUACUCGAAGAAAAAAAGUGCAAAGUCAGCUAGCGAUUAUGAAAUGACUAGCCAAAAAAAAAAAAAAAAAAAAAAAAAAUUUCCAAAUUUUAAUUAUUUUACAACAAAACAAGCCAAAACAAUGACAACAAAAAAUACUGAAUCAAAUAUAACAGGAAAAGACAAAAAAGAAAUUCUUGAUUUCAAUACAGAAGAAGAAGGAGGAUAUCAAACUACCGAUUGUGCAUUUUCAACUAAUAAAGGUGUAAAUUUUAAAAAUAAAAAAAAAGGGAGUAAAACAAAUUUUUAUAAUCCUCCUAAAAGUAUGAACAUAUUUGAUAAUGAGGAUUUAAAAAAUAGUUUUUCAAAAAAAAGACAAACAAAUUCAAGUGAAUAUUAUAAUAAUGGAAAAGAAAAAAAAUAUAAUGAAGGAUCUAUAAAAAAUGAUAAUAAAAAAAAAGAAGAUAAUAUGUUAUAUUCAAAAAAUCAAAGUAGUAAUGAUGAAAAUUCAGGUAUGAUAUCUACAAGUAGCUCGACAAGUAAUCGAGAAAGUUCCUAUUAUGAAUGGACUGAUUCUGAUAUGAGUUUUGGAUUUAUAAAAAAUGAAAAAAAGGAUAUUAACGAUUGGGGAAUGAGUAAAAAUAGAAAUUAUCAGAAUGAAAAAGAAGAACAAGAUAUUAGUAAAGAUAUAAAUACAAAUAGUAGUAUAAAUGAAAAAUAUAUAAUAGAAAAUAAAGAGAGAGGAAUAAAUUGUUGUAAAAAAAAUAUAUUUAGUAGGGUUAUAAAUUUUAUUUCAAAUAUAUAUAAUAUAUUAUUAAAAAAAUAUGGUAUUUUUGCUUUAUUUUUUUUUAUAUAUUUAUUUACAUUAAUGCAUAUAUUAGAUUUUAAAAGAAAUAAUAAUAUCGUUAGUGAAAUAAUUUUAUAUAAUUUAUACAGAAGUUAUCUUAUAUUUAUUAUAGCAGCUCAAAUAAUAUAUGCAUCAUGGAUCUUUGGGAUGAAAAUGCAAAUGAUUCAAUGUGGUGUUAUAUCUUGUCUAAUGAAUUUUAUGACAUGGAUUGUUAUACUACCAUUAAUAUUUAUUAUUUAUUCAGAAGAAUAUACUAUGAUUAAAUUAAUAAUAAUAGGUUUAUUUUUAAAUAUAAUUACAAUAAUUAUUUCCUAUAUUGAAGUUAUUAAAAAAAUUAAAAUUCAAGAAAAAUUAUGUACAAGUCAUAAAAAUAAACAUGAUGAAAUGCUACAAAAGUUAAGUAAAUUUGGAAUUUUUAAAAAAUGUUUAUAUUGGUUAUAUAUUGGUAAUUUAGAAAUUUUAAGAAGAAAUUUAAAUAUAGCUAUGUCUGGAAGUGAAAAUAAAUAUAUUCCAUUUUUUUGGGUUUUUUUUUUUAAGUAUAUUAAUUCUUCUAUGCUUAUUGUUAUAAUUAUUUAUAACACUAAAGAAUAUUUUUUUAAUAUGAAGGAUGUAUUUAGGACCACCUUUAGUUUGAAAGUCGAGUUGUUUUCGAUUUUCAUGAUCUUCUUUGGGUCCUUUUGUGUCUUGCUCAGGAACCUCCUCAAGGAUCACUACAUGCCGCAGAACAUUGUAAUCCCGUCGAUACCGCUUGGCAUACACGAGAAGGAAAAGAAGAGAUACAUUUUCCCUAAUUAA